CUCGUGUUGGGGAUUCCUUGAUACAUGCUAGUGACGUCACAAAAUGGCGACUCGCGUGUUGAAAUCGCUGUUGGCACCAUCAGUAAGAACCCUCUGCCGAAGAUAUAGUUCACAAGAUGCAAGGACAGUGACCCUCAUCCCAGGAGAUGGAAUUGGACCAGAAAUCUCAGCAGCUGUACAACAGAUAUUUUCAGCAGCACAGGUACCCAUAUCCUGGGAGGCAGUAGAUGUCACACCAGUCAAGGGACCCGAUGGAAAGUUCCGCAUCCCUCCUAAAGCCAUAGAAUCUAUGAACAAGAACAAAUUAGGAUUAAAAGGACCACUGGCAACACCUAUUGGGAAGGGGCAUCCUUCACUGAAUUUAGCUCUAAGAAAAGAGUUCAGCCUGUAUGCCAAUGUACGGCCAUGUAAGUCAGUAGAGGGCUAUGAGACGGUCUACAAGGAUGUGGACCUGGUUACAAUCAGAGAGAACACAGAGGGAGAAUACAGUGGAAUAGAACACAUUAUAGUGGAUGGUGUUGUUCAAAGUAUCAAGUUGAUUACAGAGCAAGCCUCCAGAAGAGUGGCAGAGUUUGCCUUUGAAUAUGCCAAACUGAAUGGUAGAGACAUGGUGACAGCAGUGCACAAAGCCAAUAUCAUGCGAAUGUCAGAUGGACUUUUCCUAAAGUGCUGCAGAGCUGCUGCAGAGAAACACAAAGAUAUCAAGUUUAAUGAAAUGUACCUAGAUACUGUAUGCUUAAAUAUGGUCCAGGAUCCUAGCCAAUUUGAUGUCUUAGUCAUGCCAAACUUAUACGGUGAUAUUCUCAGUGACUUGUGUGCUGGCUUGAUAGGAGGACUAGGAGUGACACCUAGUGGCAAUAUUGGAGAAAAUGGGGCAGCAAUAUUUGAGUCUGUUCAUGGCACAGCACCAGACAUAGCAGGCCAAGACAAGGCGAACCCCACAGCAUUACUCCUCAGUGCUGUGAUGAUGCUGAGACACAUGGGACUCACUGAGCAUGCACGCAAGAUAGAGAAGGCUUGCUUUGAGACAAUUAGGGAAGGGAAUGUGAGAACAGCAGAUCUUGGAGGAUCUUCCAAAUGUUCAGAGUACACACAAGAAAUAUGCCGGAAAGUAGAGGCCAUGGACUAACAAUGCUGUGCACAGAUUUAUAAUUUGAUCUAUCAGUAUGGGCUGUUUCCAUUCCAUGUAUGUUGAUAUUUUUCACCAAAGUAGAGUUCCAGUUUUAAAAUAAACACCAAAUAAAGUUAACGGGAGAGAUGCCACUUCAGCAUUUGGUCAGUAAGGUGAAGAUUAUUGCUGUCAAUUGUGCAGUAGCAAUAAGAUUUAGCAAUGUGGAUUGUUGAUAUUGUAUUUAUUUUAUCAUACACAAUUUACAGUCCUUUGUCAUCUUAAUCUUCAAGUCUAUUGUUCAGUUUUAUUUUAUUGUGAUUAUGUAUUGUUAAGGAUUUUGUCUUGUGUUUUGUGUUGUAUGCAAAGUUCUCAUCAAAAAUACUGCAAGGACGAGUUUUGAUCUGAUUAUCUCAACACAUUGCUCGCCAAACUUGAUAUUCCACAAAACCAGAGUAAUGUUUAUUUAUUGAAAUAUGUCAUAAUUUUGUGCCAACUGAAAUGCUGUGUAUUGCACAAAGAAAGUUGUCAGUAAAAGUAAAAUCUCUUUCAAAGAAACUCAUCACUUUACUGUAAUACAGUGCAAUGGUUUAAGAAAAAACACUAUCUUUAAUGCAGACUUAAAAUUGUUUUCAUUUAACCCCAUUUAAAAUCUGUACUGAAAAGAAUUUUUCUUGGAAUCAUCUGCUAACA